AAAUGAGAAGAAAAAAGUCACAAUUUCAGUGAGUUGAACGUCGAGCGAAGCGCAGUUGAAAAGUUCAAGCUGCUGGAAACUGCAGGAUCACACCGAGAACUUCUUCCCGGGUGAAAACUCUUGACUCUGAGGACCUCGUUCUUACACCGGAAGCACUUCCAGAAAUGGCGGCCAGUCCUUUCCACACACAGAAAAGAUUGACAUUCAGAGAGGAUGAUGUCUGAUGCCAGCGAGAUGUUGGCAGCGGCCUUGGAGCAAAUGGAUGGUAUCAUAGCAGGCUCCAAGGCCAUGGAUUACUCCAAUGGGCUGUUUGACUGCCAGUCGCCCUCUUCGCCCUUCCUGGGUGGCCUUCGAGUGCUACACCUGCUUGAGGACUUGCGUGCAGCACUGGAACUGAUGGACAGCGAGGAGAAGGACAACCUGCGAUGCCAGAUUCCUGAUUCCACUGCAGAGGGGCUAGCAGAGUGGCUACACGGACAAAUGGUAGAAAGAUCUGCUACUAACGGCCACGACUCUGUGGCUGUUGAAUCACUUUACCAAGAGCGUCUCUCCAGACUGGAAAGUGACAAGGAGUGUCUUAUUCUCCAGGUGAGUGUCCUUACAGACCAGGUGGAGGUGCAGGGUGAAAAGAUUCGGGACCUUGAGCAGCAUCGGGAGAAACUGAAUGCCACUGAGGAGUUGCUGCAGCAGGAGCUGUUAAACAGGUCAGAGCUGGAAACCCAGCGGCUGGAACUGAUGAUGGAGGUGUCCGGUCUGAAGCUGAAGUUGACUGCUGUGGAGAGGGAUCACAGUGACAGUCAGGAGGAGUUGCAGCUCCUGCAGAGGCGGCUGGAGGAGCGCGAGGUGGAGCUGAGGAGGCUGAAGGAUGAGAGCAGACUGAGUGUGGAGAGCUUCAAUGGAGGAGAGAGAGAAAAAGAAAUGCUGAAGAUGAAGAGAAAGCUGGAGUCACUGACAUCAGCCAAUGAUGAGAAGGAGAGAAGAAUUAAAGAGCUCGAGGAGUCACUUACAAAGUGCCAAAAAGUGCAGGAGCUGGUCAAAGAGACUGUACAAGAGGACAACUACAACGAAAUCCCAGAAUAUCCCUACAGUUCUGCUGCCAUGGAGGUGGAUCAGGUAACCGAGACCAUGGAAGAUGAGACGGGAAGGAGCUCCGGCAUGUCGAUUCCGUGCAUAGCGGUUCUCUCCGAAAUGAAGGAGCUGGACCAGGAGCAACAGCUCCAGGCAGCAGAAAGUUCCUCAGGUGACCCCCAGGAGGACAACCCAGCGGUAACUAGCAGUACGAACCUGAGCAGAAAUGAAAUCAGAUAUAGUUCCUUGUCACCAGCUAAGAAAAACACCACAAACAAGGAGAGCUUUGGUACUAAAAAAGCUCGUGCUUCGUUUGGCCGCAGCUUCUUCAAGCUGCGUGGGAGCAAGCAGACGUCCAGCGCGCCGAACCUGGCUGGCUUGGAACAUAGAGGAACAGAACACUUGGACCUGGCUGGUGUUCCACCACGGACAUCUACCCUUCCAUCUUCACCAGCAACCAAAAAUAAGUCCAAGGGCUUCAAGAAAUUUUUUGGCAGGCUAAAGAGGAGUCACUCCACCUCCUUUAACCUGGAUGAUGCAGCGGAAAUGGGGUUCAAGAGGGGCGGAGUUAGAGCUACAGCUGGCCCACGCCUCGGGUGGUCGCACGAGUUAAAUCACAACUGUACCAAUGUUCCUUUCUCGCGGUGGAGUAAAGAGGACGUUUGUGGUUGGAUGCAUGAGCAGGGCCUGGGGCUGUACAUGGUCCAAGGCCAGAGCUGGAUCACAUCGGGACAAAUGCUGCUGCAGGCGUCGCAGCACGAUCUGGAGAAGGAGUUGGGCAUGAAGCAUCCUUUCCAUCAGAAGAAGCUGCAGCUCGCUCUGCAGGCUCUCGGGUCAGAGGACGAUGAGCUCAAAGGCAAACUGGACCACAACUGGGUGACCAGGUGGUUGGAUGACAUUGGUCUCCCGCAGUACAAAAGUAACUUUGAUGAGGCCUGUGUUGAUGGUCGCAUGCUGCACUACAUGACGGUGGACGACCUGCUGUCUCUGAAAGUGGGGAGUGUUCUUCAUCACCUGAGCAUCAAGAGAGCCAUUCAGGUCCUGCGCCUCAACUCAUACGAGCCAAACUGCCUCAGACGACGGCCGUCAGACAAGAACAACAUGACACCAGCAGCAGUGUCGCAGUGGACCAAUCACAGAGUGAUGGAGUGGCUCCGCUCCGUGGAUCUGGCAGAAUACGCGCCCAACCUGAGGGGCAGCGGCGUGCAUGGGGGGCUGAUGGUGUUGGAACCUCGCUUCAAUGUCGAGUCAUUUGCCCUUCUGCUCAACAUCCCUCCAAGUAAAACCCUGUUGAGACGCCACUUGGCCACACACUUCCACCUGCUUAUUGGCACUGAGGCCCAGCGCCUCAAACAGGACUGUCUGGAAAAUCCUGACUACACCGUCCUUACUGCCACUGCCAAGGUCAAGCCAAGACGUCUUUCGUUUGGUGGAUUCGGGACUCUUCGCCGGAAACGCCAGGAGGAUGGUGAAGAAUAUGUCUGCCCCAUGAAUGUGGAGAUGCCACAGAGCUGCAGCGCCCGGAUCAACAAGGAUGAUAUGGAUCACCUGGAGCAGAUGGAAGACUCUGAAGGGACAGUCAGACAGAUUGGAGCAUUUUCUGAAGGCAUCAACAACUUAACAAGCAUGCUGAAGGAUGACCAGUUUUUUCAGGAGAUUCCAAUCGGUCCUGCAGAGGUCAGCAUGGCACAAACUGAAGACCACUAACAUCUCAAUCUCCAGAUGGAGAAAAAAUAAUAAUCCCUUUGGCUCCGUGUCAGCGCUGUCACCAAGUGUGACUUUUCAGUUUGCAUCAGUCUGGAUGUGCAGCCGUCACCUCAAACAUAUUUAUUGAAGCUGCCCAAAACUUAAUGCAUGAACUGAGAUAUUUGUUGCUUUCUGCAUGUUUAUUUUAUUGUUUGGAGAAUAAUUUGAAGGUCUGCAUCUUGUAGCGGCACAGAGAUUCUGCUGUUGCAGCCUUUAGGAAGGUCAAACCUUUUAAGGCCGUAUGAAUCAUGCUGACAUUUCAGAGUUUAUUUCUGUUACAGGGGAGUAUUCACAGUAUACUACACUCAAACUGUACUACCAAACACUUUGUGCCUUCAGUUAGGCUUUUGUGGUACAUAGUUUGGAUUUUCUUUUCAUAUUGAUACCAAAGAAUGUCUCACUCUCUAUAUUUUUUUUUUCAUCUUUUACCAAAAUACUUUAGACUGUUUUUUUUUUAAUGCACCAGUAUCAAUAAUUAAAAAUUAUUCUGAAAGCCUAAAAUUUAGUGUGUGUGAUUUAGGGGCGUUUAUUAGCAUGAAUAGAAUGCAGCAUUCAUAAUGUGUUCAUUAGUGUAGAAUUACUGACAAAAGCUCUUCAGAUCACCAUGGGUCGCACCGUUUUUUUUCUUUAUUACCAGCUCUUAGUGUACUUUAUUAAUCUGCAUUUAUUCGUUUAUUAUUAGCUUGUUUAGUGCUUUUGAUUCCUGGGAAAGUCUGUCAUCACUUACUGACUGCAGGAUUUUUCAUUACCUAAAGCCUCGGUCCCAUGGAGUGA